AUGAAGCGUUCAAUACAGCCGGCCGACUCCGCUGGUACCCUUUCGCCUUUGCCUACAGAGCUAUACCGUGGAUUGACAGCCGUCACUGUCCUGGCUUUCCUCUCCCUCGUCACCACCGCGGUCUUGUUCGCACACCUGUCAUGGCGAUUCAUCACCUGGAAACAUCGAGGACACGCCCGGAUCAAUCAAUACGUGGCACUACUUUUGAACCUGGUGUUGGCUGACCUACAACAAGCCAUUGGAUUCUCGCUCAAUGUGGAGUGGGUCAGGAACGACAGCAUCACAGUACUGACUCCCACGUGCUGGACACAAGGCUGGUUCCUCAACGCGGGAGAUGUUGGCGGUGCCGUGUUCACGUUCGCCAUGGCGGUACACCUGUUCGCUGACAUCGUCUUCGACUGGCGACUGGGACACACCCCUUUCUUGAUCAGCAUAGUUGUUCUUUGGAUCUUCAACUACUUCCUGGCCACAAUCGGUAUCAUUCUACAUCCCGGCGAUUUCUACAUGCGAGCAGGACCGUGGUGCUGGAUUCAGGAGAAGUACAUGGACGAGAGGAUAUGGUUUCACUAUCUCUGGAUUCUUGCAGUCGAGUUCGCGACACUCUUGCUCUACUCCCUCAUGUUCGUGGUACUCUGGCGGAGAGUACGGGGCUUCUUCUACGCGGACUCAGACAUAACACAGAUCAGGGCAGAGUCGGCGGCUCGAAGUGUCAUCGCCUACCCACUCAUCUACGUUGUAUGCACACUUCCAGCUGUCAUUGGACGACUGAGGAUCAUCGCCGGCGAGAAGGUCGGCUUUACAGAGUUCAGCGUCAUUGGCGUGAUGCUCUGUUCCAAUGGAUGGCUCGACGUUCUGGUCUACUCGAUCACCCGCAAAUCCCUCAUCUUUGGACCAGCGAUGCCGAGUGGUGAAGUUCAUGGACUGGAAACCUUCUCAACUUGGAAUCGUACACGUGGACGUGCAGACCAUCGAUGUCAGCUGGAGAGAACGACAUAA